AAUGAAAAAAGUUUUGGAUGAAAUUGAUGAAAUUGAAAACUAGACGAAAAUUUGAUCCUUCGAACGAUUUUCUUAUCAACUUUUACGAAGAUUUAAGGAUCGAAAGCACGUUUCGAAGCGUUUCCUCGAGCGUUAGCUACGGAGAAGAAGAGAAGAAGAGAAGAAGAGAAGAGAAGAAGAGAACGGGGAGAGCGAAGAGGUGCGUCCACCAAGAGACAUCCACAUUUCUCUCGGCGGGAUAUAACGACUACCAACGGAGAAAGUUAUGGCUUUUCCAUUGUCUCUCGACCAUAACCGACGUGUCGUCUCCUCGACACGAAGCACCUACGUGUAAAAUAUUAAACAACACGGAAGAUGAUGUUUCUUGAUCGAACCUUCAAACGAUUUUAUUACGAUC